AUUGAUAUUUUUUUGUAUUGUAAUCUCAAUCGGAAAAUAAAGAAAAUUUAUUUGAGACACGUUUUUAGUUUAAUAAAAAAGAAAACAGUUUAUAAAAACUGUUAAUUUGUUCGUCGUCGUCAAUAUCCCAUAAAAAGGAAAUUUCAAAGUAUGGGAGUACCAGCAUUCUUUCGCUGGCUUAGCCGCAAAUAUCCCAGCGUCAUAAUAGAGUGCGUUGAAACUAAACAAGUCGACGAAGAAACUAAUAAAAAUAUUUACGAAGAUGGAAGUUUACCGAAUCCGAAUGGUGUGGAAUUUGAUAACUUGUACCUGGACAUGAACGGUAUUAUACAUCCGUGCACCCAUCCGGAAGACAAACCGGCGCCGAAAAAUGAAGACGAAAUGAUGGUGGCCAUCUUUGAGUGCAUAGACAGAUUGAUGAAUAUUGUGAGGCCGCGCAAGUUACUAUACAUGGCUAUAGAUGGAGUGGCGCCCAGAGCAAAAAUGAAUCAGCAGCGCUCAAGAAGAUUUAGGGCUGCUAAGGAAUCUGUUGAAAAACGUUUGGAAAUAGAGAGAAUACGUAGUGAACUAGCAGCCAAGGGUUGUGUUUUGCCGCCAGAAAAGGAAAAGGGCGAACAUUUUGAUUCGAAUUGUAUUACUCCUGGCACACCGUUCAUGGAACGUUUAAGUCAAUGUCUGCACUACUACAUACACGAACGUUUGAACAACAAUCCAGGCUGGAAAGAUAUUAAGGUGAUUUUGUCGGAUGCCAAUGUACCCGGUGAGGGUGAACACAAACUCAUGGAUUACAUAAGAAAGCAACGUUCACAACCCGACCAUGAUCCCAAUACCCAACAUGUUUUGUGUGGUGCCGAUGCUGAUUUAAUUAUGUUGGGUCUGGCCACCCAUGAACCCAACUUUACAAUUAUACGUGAAGAGUUUUUGCCCAACAAACCCAAACCCUGUGAAUUGUGCAGUCAAUUUGGCCAUGAAAUGGAUAAAUGUAUGGGUCUAAAUGCGGCCGGUGUCAAUGAUGUGACUAAUUUUAAGCCCGAUGUAGCUAUAGGAGCCGAAGUUAGAUUUAUAUUUGUGCGUCUCAGUGUAUUGCGCGAGUAUUUAAAGAAAACCUUAGAAAUGCCCAACUUGCCGUUCAAAUACGAAUUUGAGCGUGUCCUAGACGAUUGGGUGUUCAUGUGUUUCUUUGUGGGCAACGAUUUCUUACCACAUUUACCCUCAUUGGAGAUUCGUGAAGGCGCCGUCGAUCGUUUGGUGGAGUUGUAUAAGAAAUGUGUUUAUCGCACCGGAGGCUUUUUGACCAAUUCCGGUGAGGUCAAUUUGGAGAGAGUCCAAUUGAUUUUGACCGAUUUGGGCAAUGUAGAGGAUCAAAUUUUCAAAGAUCGCCAACGCAAGGAGCAACAAUUUAAGCAACGUGAAAAGGCAAAACGUCGCCGUGAAGAGGGCUAUAAUGCCUCGGUAAUGGAACAGUCUGGCUCUUUCAAAUUGACACCCUUGGGUAGAGGUGGUGCGAAUCCCUUGCCUAUAAUCGACAAUUAUAAACAGCAGGCGGCUAAUUUAAGACAAGCAUCGAAUGCCUCCUCCUCUUCGCAGUCAACGGUUCAGCAAAAUACUGUCAAUAAACGUUCGGCUGCUCAGGCUCAUUUGGACGAUGAUGAAGAGGAAGAAUUCAAAAAUGAUGAGGUGCGCCUUUGGGAAGAUGGUUUUAAGGAUCGUUAUUACGAAUCGAAAUUCGAUGUUGGAAAGGAUAAUUUAGAUUUUCGUUAUUCGGUUGCCUUACAAUAUGUACGUGGUCUUUGUUGGGUACUUAAGUACUACUAUCAAGGAUGCGCCUCUUGGGAUUGGUAUUUCCCAUAUCAUUAUGCACCCUUUGCCUCGGACUUUGUAAAUAUAGCCGGUCUAUCUACGGAAUUCCCAAAGAAUUCUAAACCCUUCAAUCCAUUGGAACAAUUGAUGGGUGUAUUUCCAGCUGCCAGUAGUUCUCAUGUUCCUCAGCCCUGGGCUAAGCUAAUGCACGAUCCACACUCGGAUAUAAUAGAUUUCUAUCCCGAAGAUUUCAAGAUUGAUUUGAAUGGUAAGAAAUUUGCCUGGCAAGGUGUUGCUUUGUUGCCAUUUGUAGAUGAAAAACGUCUAUUUAAGGCAUUAACACCCUACUAUGGUAUGCUAACAGAAGAGGAGAUCAAACGAAAUAAACAGGGUGACUGCAGACUUUAUAUCGGUCGCGAUAACAAAGCCUACAAGACAUUGUCUUUACAUUACAGUAAUAAGACUUUUAAGACAACCCCAGAGAUACCUGUAGAAAUGGAGGGUAUGAGAGGUGUUAUAUUGGGUGCUGACGAAAAUAUACCCAAAAAGGGUACUUUACCAUCUCCAAUCAUGGGCCUGUACGAUAUAACCGAGAAUUGUGUGAUUACGGUGAGAUAUCGUGAUCCUCAAUAUGACGAAGACUUUAUAUUCCCAGCUGUGCGUUUAGAAAAUGCCAUUGAUCCUCCAAAUAUAUUGGCGGGCGAAUCAAGGGAUUCCAAUUAUAGGCCGCGUAUUGGAUUCAAUCACAAUAUGCCUCAAGCCUAUGUUACCCAAGGUGGCCAUCGUAUGUUAAACAACUCAAUGGGUGGUGGUAAUCAACAAUAUCAACAAAGGAAUAACUACCAACAACAGGGUUAUAGCUACAAUAAUAACAACAGAGGAGGCGGCGGCUACAAUCAAGGAAAUCGUGGCCACUAUGGUGGUGGAGGUGGUGGUGGUAGAGGUGGCUAUAAUGGCGGUGGCGGCGGUGGUAAUGGUGGUGGUUAUCAAAGACAAAAUUACCAAAAUAAUGGCAAUUAUCAGCAACAGACUCAAAAUAAUCGUUAUAAUAACAGUUAUAACAAUAACAACAACAACAAUAGUAGUAGGAGAUAUUAAAAUGCAUUUUUUUAACAAAACAUUUUUAUAAAAACAGUUUAUGUUUCUUGUAUACAUACAUAAACAAAUUUUAUAAAAAUUAGACAUUUUAAGAACUUAACAUAGAGUUUAAACUAGAAUAUAAAUUCAAUGGAUUUUGUAUGUUUUUUUCAAAAUUCGAAAAAAAAACUGAUUAAAAAAAUCUUAGCCAUUUUGGAUGAACGAUUUGUUCUUGUUUUUAAGAAUUAUAACAAAAGGUUUUUUUCAAAAUUCACAUGAAAGUAACAGAGAGCCUGGAUGUGAUAAAUUUUUGUCAUAAUAAUUGUCAAAUUCUUAUUAUCCAGUAUAAACUUCAUUUAUAAGAGUUAUAAGAUCAUUAUGACAUAAUUAUCAAAACUUUGGCUCUGAUAAUUUGACUUGUAAACUCUAUUUUAUUAAGGAUUGUUGCUGUUAGUAUGACAAACAUUUUUUUUAAAAAAUUGCAAAUUUACCAUUGAUUUAUUACUUCAUUUAAACUGACUUAAAACUUGAAAAUUAUAUUCUUAUAAUUUUAUAAACACAAAUUUAUAUUUGACCCAUAAUUUAACGUAAAAAAUGUGACCUUAAACAGUUUUACUUAUUUAGGAGCUGAUUAUGUUAUACCUUAAUGAAUUACAUUAUCAAAAUCUUAAUCAGCCAACUGUUUAUUUACGUAUUAAUAACUUACAUUAUACAAUAAUUUGUUAAGUUUAUUUACAUAUGUAUGUAUCUUAACAAAUUAUAAUGUAUUACAAUAUUUCAACAAAUGUUUUUUAUAUAAAUUUAUAAAAGAACACCAUAUUUUAUUGUUUAAAAAUCAAAAAAAAUGUGUAAAGUGUAAUAAUAUUGUUUUACCAUUAUUUUUACAUACAAAUUUAUGUAAAGUUCUUUUGGAAAACAACUAGUUGAUAAGAUGUACUUUUUAAUAAAAAAACCACAUUUAGUAAAGCAAAAAUCCUGCAAAAUAUUACAAUAUUUAAAUAAAGUCGGACACAUAUAAAUAAAACAA